CUCAGGACAAAUUGGGCUCAACGUACGCCUUGACCCGUGGAGCGUAAACUUCUUGACGAUUUACAAGAAGCACACGGGUAGUCAGCACAUUUGAAAAGACUUCCCUCAAAAGGAUCAGCACACAAUCAUUAUUACAAGACUUCAUUCUCCUACAACCAGAAUGGCAAAAUACAAGCUUGUGGAUUACAACUUUACAACAGCAGCUGAAUUGGCGAGGGCGAUAUUGGAGUAUGCUGGCGUUCCAUUUGAAGAUGUUCGAUUCGAAAAAGACAAGGCAUCAGAGGCCGAAAAGGCAUCUCCUUUCGGCAUGCUUCCAGUUUUAGAAGUAGAUGGUCAAGCAAUCGCACAACAUCAAAGCAUCUGCAGAUAUUUAGCAAGGCAACAUGGUUUGGUGGGAAAGACAGAGGAGGAAUUCGCUUUGUGUGAUUUAGUUAUGGAUGGCCUGUGGCACAUGUUUUCUAAGAUAAGAAGAGCUGAAGUAUACCAACUGAGCAGAGAUGAAAGGAGUGCCAUCAUAAAGAAGAUGAUUGCCGAAGACGUUCCUCCUUAUCUCGAUCGAUUUGAAAAGAUGCUGGAGAAGAGGAAAGACGAGAAUGAUUACAUGGUCGGCAAAGAGGUAACAUGGUGUGAUAUUGGCAUGACAUUGGCGCUGGCUGCUCUUAAAUACCGCCAUGGCUUGGGAUUGGAAACUCAUCCACAGCUGUUGGGGUACUUAGGACGAAUGGUAGAGCUGCCUAGGCUUGUUGAUUUCUUAGCCAAGCGAGCAACAGAAGAAUUAUGAUCUCUUUAUUCAUCUCUAUUCUAUAUGUUUAAUCUAAGGAAGUGAUUUAUUUAAUGAAUUAUAUUUUUGUGUGAUAAAA